AUCUCUCGUCUGGCAUCAAUCGCAAUUUUGCGUUCGAAUGACGCAAGAGAUUGUCCAAUUUGAUCUUCUUUACCCUUAGAGAGGCUACAGUCUGGCUUGCCAAGAUGGGCGGCAGAAUCGAUGCCUAUGUCGACGUUGCGUCGUUCUUCAGUUAUGUUGCUUUCCAGGAGCUGAGACAGAAUCUGCAAACCCUCCAGAGCCAUGGCGUUACCGUCGAAUUUCACCCUGUUCUGAUCGCGGGCGUCAACAAUCUCUCUGGCAACAAGCCGCCAUGGGUCGUCCCAGCCAAGGCCAAAUACCUAGCUAUCGACUCCCGUCGCGCCGCACAGCGUGUCGGCCUGACGAACCUUGCGACGCCCAAGGACUUUAUGAAGAUGUCGCUGACCAUCUCGGCCCAGAGGGCGCUGCACUUCAUCAAGCAGCACUAUCCUCGGGAGGUACUUAUCGCGACCAUUGGGACGCUGAUGGCGAAGCUUUGGACACCGCCACACGUCAACCUCACCAUUGACGAGAACCUAGCGCAGGUGCUGAGCGAGGUCACCGAUGGUGGUGAGCAGGGGAACAAGGUCUUCACACAGGACGAUGUGGAGAGAAUCAUGAAGGGCCGAGAGGAGAUGAAGGACAGACUCAAGGAGACGACGCAAAGGGCGGUUGAGCUCGGUGCAUUUGGGGCUCCUUGGCUAUGGGUCACCAACGACAAUGGGAAGAGCCAGCCCUUCUUUGGGAGCGACCGGUUCAAUCAUGUCUAUGAAUAUCUGGGUGUGCCGUACCAGGAUGUGGCGCUGCUGCCACCGUCCAAGUUGUAGUUUUUGCUUGCGCUUGAAACCUCAAGGCGCAGCAAACGUGAUGGAACAAAUUGGUUUGAUCAUUGAUAAGAAGCGAAUUGAUUGCGAUUUGUCUCUUGUCAUGUAGACCGCCAUAAAUAUACAGCGUUUGCCGCUCUAGACUAGGAGACCCCAAGCCGCUCCACCCAAGACCUCCAACCUUUGCCAACGUCUUCACCCAAGUUGUCCCAACCCAUCCUCAACCA